AUGACUAUGGCCAAUUGGGAAGUUUUUAAAUCUCUCGAGGAAUUACAAGAAUUCUUGAAUUCUAAUAAUUACGAAAUUUUAUACCAAGGAAUUAAUAGAUUUAGACAACACUUCAUUUACCCAAAAGAUAAAAAUAUCAAAGAAAUCGAUUCAAUCAACGAUAAAAAUGUAUCAAUAGCUUAUGAAUAUUUACAAACUUCGCCUGAAUGUAAAGAAUUGUUUAUAAUAUGGGAUACGCAGUUACAUGAUAAUUUAACACGACUAGAACUAUCAAUUCCUGACUUAUUUUCAAAAAUUAUAAAAUUUACAACAAUCACUCCUUCUUUAAAAUCUACUGGAACAAUUGUCAUUCGUAAUGUCAUACGAAAUUACAUGAGAGUUAUUAGGAAUAAUUUAUCUUCUGAAAAAUUACCUCUAUGUCAGAAUACUUUAAAGUUAUUAAUUAUAAUGAAUUCCCAUGAUCCUUCAAUCUCAAAAGAGUUGUUAGAAUCAUUUACUUAUAAUCUUAAUCUCAAGGAACUAGGAAGAUUAUUGAAUAUCCGAAGAAAUACAUCAAAAGAUAAUUCGAAAAAUAAUCACUCACAAAAUGACAUUCGAACUUUAUAUGUUCGAUUCAUUUUAUCAUUCUUUGUACAUGGAAAUGCAAAAAUCAAGUCAAAUGUACUGGAGAUUAAAGAUUUUGCAAGCUUGAUAUUUAAAGGAUUAUUGCACGACUCAUAUGAAUUUGUUGAUGAAGUGCUGAGAAAAGUUUACGACCAUAUAAUCCUUGACAAUGAUAUCAACCGAAAGACAAUAUUAUCAUUUUUCAACAACACUUGGCUUUUGAAUCAACUCUUACAUCUUUAUAAUAGACGUGAAUCGGAACAACACGAACCCGACAAAAUUGUAGCGAAUAUUGUUCAUCGAUUUUUGUUAUCAAUUUGUUGUACACCCGGUGUAGGUAUUUGCUUUCGUGAUGCAGGAUGGUAUCCAUUUAAUUAUAUGAAUAUAUCCUUAAGUGACACAGAUCAACAUGAAAAUGAGAAGCAAACGAAAGUACAUAACAUAAUAUUAUUGCAAUUCAUUAAAUCAUUAAAACCGACACAAGAUUUACGUCAACAAGAACUCUUGUUGAAAAUUUUGGAAUCGUGCCCAGAAUUGGUUAAACCAUAUUGGAAAACUUCGAAGAUUUCUUUUGAACCUAAACUUUCAUAUAAGUGGUUGGCAAAUGUGACUUUGCUUCACAAGAUAAUAGCACUCCCUGUUCCUUCAUUUUAUAUCCCCGGAACUCAGAUUUACCCAGAAAAUCCUCCAGAGUUAAAUGUUAUCUUGGACAAUAUACUUCCAAGAAUAUUUGAUCAAGAUACUUUGAUUAAAUGCCUUGACUAUUCCAGUUCACUAAUUAGAUAUAAGACCAUGAUUGUUUUGUGUUUGGCAUUCCAAAAAUUGAACACAGUUGUGCAUUCGGUUAAAAAGGCAAUCAGUUAUUUAGACAAUUUAGUUAGUGAGGCUCAAAUUAUUCAGAGAGGACUGAGCAAGAAAGAAGCGACGUCAUCGAUAUGGAGUCAGACAAUUGAUUCAUUAUAUGAAGAAAUGAAGCAUAGAAUACCUGAUAUUCAAAUUCUUCUUAACUUUUAUUACGAAAUUUUGGAAAAGGAGAAGGGAUUUUCAUCUAAUAUGAUGAGCAAUGAAGAUAAUGAUGAGUUUAUUAGGAAUAAUCUGAUGCAUGAAGGCAUUUUAAAAUCAAUCAAGUUUUAUUAUCUUUUUUAUCCUGAAAUGAUGAUGGAAAUAAAGUUGGACGUCGACAAUUUGAUUCCAAUGGAUUUUCAGGAAUCACAAGUAGGACUUCAAUUAAACAUGAUGGAAUUAUUGUUGUUGAUUGCUGAAUCUAAUUGGUCAAUAAAUUCAGAAUUCAAUCAUCUUCAAAAACUUUUAAAAUUGUUUUUGACCACACCAUAUUUACAAAUACGUUCCAUUACACAACGUGUACUUGAGCGGUUACUCUCCAAUUCUAUAACUUUCCAACAUGAUCCAGAUGAAGUUUCGAUUUGGCUGGAUUCUUUGCCUCGAAUUUUUCCGGAAAAUGCAAACUUUGACAAAUUCAAUGGUCAAGCAACUGUUUUGAAAUUUUUUGACAAUUGUUUUGUAUCAUUUCUUAAAAAUCCUCGCCCAUAUAUUGAUGAUUUAAGUCAAGUCAUCAAUGUUAUAAAUGAAAGGAUGGAAGAUUUUGAGGAUAUUAGAAUAACGAAGGAGAACGCUUUUGUGCAGCAAUUCUUGAUUUCUCGAGAUGGUCCAAAAUAUUCAAAUGCUUCUUAUCCAUUUAGUCCACUAUUAGUAACACUUGUAAAAAGCUAUGAGAGUGUUACGGAGAAUAAAGUCGCCAUCACAUCAUUCUUACAUAUAUUAUUCAAAAAACUAUAUACCAAACAAUUAUUCACAUAUUAUCUAGAUGAAUAUGUUGAACGAUUGGAAAGAAAUCUUAGAUUUAAAAAUAACAGAUUUCUUGAAUAUAUAGGAAAUUGGGGAGUCAAUGAAUUCUUUUCAAGCUUGGAGCGUAUUUCAAGUCUGUAUAAAUAUCCAUCCGAAAGUUCUCUUAGUGUUGAUACAAUGAUAGACAUCCCGGUUAUAAUUAAUGGGGUGGUACAAGAAGAUCUUAAUCAAAAUCUAAUGAAAGCCGAGAAAGUUUGUUUAGAGAAUUUGAAAGACAAAAAUCCUGAUAGAUACAAAGCAAGAUCUGAAUUUCUCGAUAUGCUUUAUGUGUUACCUGUACCAAUUCUUGAAAGAAAUUUACCCGAGAUUUUAUGUUACAUUAAAAACGUUUUAGGAUGGGCAAAGUUUGAACCUAUCUUGGAAUAUAUUUAUGAACGAUAUCCAAGUUCGGGUAGUUUGUUCAAUGUUCGAGUUAUUAAAGAAGCUGUUAAUGCUUAUUUAUUACCUUUUUUUGGAAAGAAGGAUAGUGCUUUGACUCAUAACGCUGUUGAAGAAAGUGAAAUAAGUUUACUCAUUGAGUUUUUAGAUUUGACACCUUUCUCUAUUUUCUUUGACAAUUCAUUUCCUUCCCAUUUGAUGGAUAAAAACAUUGGGUUUCUUCUAAAUAAAUCUUUACGGUCCAUACCUCUGCAGAAUAUUUUGCACACAACGAGGCAGAUUUUGUUUGCUACAAAGACAUUUUUAUCUGUUCCUUGCUAUAAUUUGAUACAAGGAUUGCAAACAUGCUUCAAUCUUUUAAAGAUUAUUAUUGAAAAAGUUACUGAAGAAACGGAAGACGAUGAUGGCACAUCAAAGAUUUUUGAUGAUAUAAUAAAUUUGAUAUUAGGAUUGGAAGAUUUAUCGACUCUCUUCUUGAUAAGUGUACUUGAAGGUCAAAAUUUUGAUUCAGACUUUAUAAAAUAUUACUCUGUUUUGGACGAAUUUAUUGCAGAACUUGUUAUUUAUUUUACAAAUAAUGAUAAUGAGAAUAUAAUAUGGAAGACACGUAGGGUAGAUGCUUUACGUCGUCUUUUACCAUUCAAGAGUAAGUUAUUUAAUCGACUCUUAUGUAUGACAAAUUCAGAAAAUUUGCAUAGAGAUGGUAACAUGUUAUUAUACAAUAAGAUGUGUAUACUUUGUUACAAGUUUGACAAUUUUUGGAAUGAAGCGGAAAUAUUUCAACUUUUUUCGAGCCUUUUAGAAUCUAAGUUCUACAAUCCUUUAUUACAUGAUUAUGUUAAUCUAAUUAGUCAUUAUAAAAAAUUACUUUCAUAUUUGAUUAACAAAUUAUCCCGUGCUUUAUUGAUCACAAAAACUAGUGAAGAAAUUUUGAUGGAAUUUUUCUCAUGCCAUGAAAUUGAGAUGGAUUCCAUAAUUUUACAAAUUAUUGAGAAAUAUUUGCCGCCUGGAAUAACUAAAGAAAACAAUUCUUUGUUAUAUUUCUCAGAACGACAAAACUUUCAUCCUUUACCAAAUAAAUGUGUGGAAGUAGCUCGAUAUUUUCUGGAUAAUUUAAAUAACAAUCGUGCUAAAAUCAUUGGAUAUUUCAUGUUAUGUAACUCGGAAGUUAGAAAGUUAUUUGUUAAUUGGAUCUUAAAUCAUCAGAAUUUAUCAGAAAGAAUUGCUAUUCCGGAUAUGAUAAUUCUGGUGAAUUCAUUGUUAGAGAUUAUUUCUACAAUUCAUAUGGAUUUUAAAUAUUCUCGAGUGACUUGGACAAAAUUUGCUAGAGAGAGUGAUAAGAAAUCUAUUAAGAAAAUAUCUGAUUUGUUUGCUUUGAAAUUCUUUCAUAGUAUCUCAAAAUCAAUGGCACAAGAAAAGCCGUCGGUUUAUGCUUUAGUUACUUGUGCAUUAUUGAAUUUAAGUCCUUCACAGCAAGUUCUUGAUACGUUAGAUAAUGAUAUCAAAAAUAAUUCACCUUCAGAUUCAUUUAAUUUGGAUUUUCUUUAUAUAAUUGAAUGUUACCUUUUGGAUAAUUUCAAUUAUUAUAAUGAUGAAAUAAAGAAGUUUAUUUCGAAUUUUUUACAUUAUGCAACGUUAUUUAUCGAAAAAGAUGAAUAUAAGAAAUAUAGUAUCAAGGUUAUACAAAAUGUUUUUAGCAAAGUUGAUGUGCUAAUAAAAUUAGUUGUACCGCGAUGUUCGAAUCUGGAUGCAAAUAUUAUUGGUGAAUUUAUUUUUGUGCUUAUGGAAAAGAAAUUUGAAGAUCCAAUAAUAUUAAACUGUAUCAUUACAUUAAUCACAUAUGCUUACGACAAAAAGGAGGUUUUUGGCCCUUCAUUGGAUAGGGUUAUCGAAGCUAUAAUAAAUAACUCUCAAUUUAAAAUUUUGGCCAAUCCUUCAGAACUGUCGUAUAAAUCAAUUGAUUCUUCAACAUUUAUAAGGAGACUAACAAUAUGUCAUUUGCUCAACACUUUAUAUCGUAUGAACUCUAAAGAAUGUUGCAAAUCAUCAUAUUUGAGUUCACUUUUAUCGAUUUACAAUGCAACAACGUCAAUCUCGGAUCAAUUAUUAUUAGAUAUUUUCAUCUUAUAUGAAAAAACUACAAAAUCUUCAAUCGUAUCCUCUGCAAUGAAAUGGGGAACGAGUUCAUCAUCAUACAAACAACAAGUAGAUAAGAGAGGGUUGAUUAUGGGACAACGAAUUUUAGUCGAAACAUUGGAAUUAAUUGAUCCAAUGAUUAUGAUGAGAAGUUUUACACGUUUUCCAAUCGAUAAGGAAUUGGAAAUUAAUUAUAAUAACUUUAAAGAGUUUUUAUUAUUUGAUAAAAACAAUGAUAUAAUUUUUGAGAGAGAAGCACCUGUUUAUGAUCCAUCUUACUUUUUACCAUUAUUUGCAAAUCUAUUAUCAUAUGGUAAUUUAUUGGAUUGUAGAAAAUUCAUUGAAAUUAAUGCUUUGGGCUAUAUUGUUGUCGCCACAUCAUCUCUGAUUGCUAAUGUACGAAAAGCUGCAUAUUAUCUAUUGGAUGAAUUUUACGUUUUAUUAGAGAAUUUUCAAAAAGAAAGAGUUUGGAUUUUAAGGCUUUUAUCUGCUGGACUAAAAACUCAUGAUGAUUAUAAGAUAUUUAAAAGAAGAUAUGUUUGGGAUAUAAUAUCUUGCUAUUAUAAUUCUCCAUUAGCAGACAAUAUAACACGCAAGCUUGUUAUUGAGAUCUUAUUCCAGGCAGCCUCGAUACCGAAAGUUAUUACAGAUAUGAUAAAAAAUAGAGGAUUGUUAACGUGGUUGCAUCAUUUAUGCAUUUCACAACAAAUUCCAUUCUCAUCAGCAUCACGAUCAUUAUUUGAACAAUCAUUAUUUGGACCUAGAAUUUUGCUAAGAGUUUUACAAGGAUGUAAAAAUUCUACUUUACAAUGGUCAAAUGAGGAUAUUAACCUUGUUAAAAAGGAAACAUUACCUUGGGCACUCAAUUAUUUAAAUUCAAUCCUUAGAGUAUUUCAUUACUUAACAUUAAUUUCUUUUGCUUCAAAAAAUGUUUUAUUACCAUACCAUGCCUCAAUUAUUAUACCCUUUCUUGAAAAAUGUGAAAUUCAAUUAAAGACUUUAGCUGUCAUGAAUAAUAAUAUAUCACAUCCAAUAGAAAUACAGUAUAAUUACCAUCCUUCUUUAACCGAUAAUUUAGAUGUGCUUUACACAAUGAAUUAUAAUGUAACUGAAAUAUAUCAGGAAAUAAUUAGAAUGUUGUUUGAGAUGAUUAUUUGUUGUGAUGAUGAAUUUGAUGACAACCUUAUGGAAAAAAUUAUAGGGAGAGCUUUAUGUUGUAAUGUUACUAUUGAAGCAAAGAAAUGGGUCAUUGAAUGUUUAGUUAAUGAAAAAGAUGAAGAAAGAAUUGAUUACAUGGAAAUUGAUAAAUAA